AUGGAAUCCCAGCAGUUACAAAGAGAAUUUCCUGCCUCUGAGGUUGCAAACGAAUUUGUGAACCAGUAUUACUGUGUUCUAAACAACUGUCCAGAUAAGCUAUACGAGUUCUACAAAGAUUGCAGCACUGUCACCCGCCCUGAACCCAAUGGUCAAUUGUUGCAUGUAACAACCCUAGAAGCUAUUAAAAACAAUAUAGUGUCUUCGCUCAAUGAGGGAAAUGAGGUUAAAAUAGGAACUGUGGAUUCACAACAAGCUUAUAAUGAAUCUUAUAUCAUAUUGGUAACUGGAAUCAUAUUAGGGCACGAGAAUGUCGAAAGAAAAUUUGCCCAGUCUUUCUUUUUAGCACCACAGGAGAGAGGCUAUUUUGUUCUAAACGAUGCAUUUCGGUAUUUGGAAGAAUCCCAGUAUUCAGAAGACAAAACUUAUAUGUCGGCUAAUGCUGUUUGUGAUGAGCCUUUGCAGGAAGAGAUAGUUCCUGCAAAAGAAAUUCAAAGAUUUGAAUCACAACCUUCGAAAUUGGAAAAUAAACAUGCUACUGAAACUGUUGAGAAUGAACAACAGCUUAAGGAUAUUGAGAAAACUAUUUCACCACCAGAAGAAACAACAAAAAUGAGUUUUCUAGCAGUUCUUUUGAAAGAGAACCCACAUCCUAUUCAAAGGCCAACUGUUGUGGUGAAAUUUCCAAUAAAUACCGGACUGAAAGCAAAUGUACCAUCACAAGAAAAAAACUUUUGCUAUGCUUUCAUUGAGUUCCAAUCAUCAACUUCUGUGGAGAGUGCUGUAAAGGCAUCUCCUAUUGUCAUCUCUGGGCGUCGCGUAUAUGUUGAAAAGAAAAGGUUGGCUGGUUUCAGAGACAAUAUUCCAAAUGGCGUAAAGAGAGGAGGUGAUCGUCAAGGACGCAAUGGCUAUGCAAGAAAUUUCUAA